AUGGAACACAUGCAGAAGGUUUGCAUCAUUUCCAAUAUGUUUAUCAGUUUUGCUAUGCAAUGGGGAAAUUCAGUGAUUUUGGUUUGUUGCUUCUACCCAUUUGUUUAUCCACCCUUUUGGUGUCCACUACUUGAACAAGUUCGUUGCAAUCCAUUUAACCGCAUUCGUUCGUUUACGCAACUACACAAAUUAUUUUGCAUACUUUUAUAUUCUGAUAAAAGUGGUCGACGGUAUAUGGUUGUGUCCUUUUUGAGUAGGAAGGAAGUUUUCUGUCUUAUUGCUUUUAAAAGCAUCGCUCCGUGUAAUUCAAAGUAUGUCCUCAUUUUGAAGCAACUUUCUGUUUCUAUGAUAAAAAAAACAAGGUUAUUUUCUUGUUCUAAUAUUCGUCCGCCAGAGAUGGAGGAAACCAUUGACAUUGACUUGAACGACCCAAAGGUUGAAAAAGCAGCUGUAAAAAUUCAGUCGCAGUUUUCAAAGUUGAAAAGGGACCGCAACUCGAAACCAAGUGACCAGGUAGUCCCUAUGGCCUUUUUGAAGAUGUUGCUUUUUGGAGUUUCAAUAAUUCAGCAUUUUCGUGCAUAA